AUGGGUCCAACAGGUACACCAGUAGUCCUGCCAGUGUACCCUACCACGCGGAGUACAGUGCCUCCACCUCCACACUAUUCGCCGUACUCCCCAUCCAGGUUCAACAUCGACAAGAGAUGCAAGCACUCCUGUUCGUGGAAAUGUACCGCCAUCGCUCUAAUACUGCUCUCCGUUGCCCUUUCUGCAAUGGUUGCUUACUUUGCCGGUCGGCUUGAGUCCCAAGGGCGCAAAGAAUCAGGUAUAAAGAUCAUUAGAGAAAGGAUGGCAGUUAAGUACAAUAUACUAGAAAUAAUGGAAGAAAGAAGAUUACAGUGGUAUGGGCAUGAAAGGAUGAAUAGUGAACGACUUCCCAAAACGGCAUUUGAGUGGAAGGCCGAGGGUAGUAGA